GCGACGGAGCAUCGAGAGGAGGGGGUGAUAAUCAACAAGGUGGCACCAUCCGAGAAUCUGACCAGAAUCGACGGGAUGCGCUGAGGGAAAAUGCUACUCUCUCCGCGGAUUGCCUACGGGUUAACUCUGACCCACAGACUUCUCUUGCUUGUCACUUUCACUUUGAUAAACUUAAUCGACCAGCCCGACUUUAUUAGCCCCCUGCCGGUCAGUCUAAGCUUGCCCUGUAGGCCCCCGUCUAGUGUAGGUGACCCUUGGUCGUCUUGCGUUUUCCUUUUUGCGAAUUCCGAUCACGCGACAAUGAAUUACUAUGCUCUCAUUGAGAUGACGUCUAUUUCUUUUUUUCUUUUUUUUUUUUUUUUCAUAUCUUUCAUUUUUAUUUAUUUUCUCGCGGCAAGGGACACUCGGGAAAUAGGGGCCGUAUUUCAAUAUAGAACCCGGAUAUCAUCAGUUCCUGCACCGACUAUUAAGAUUUGAGGGUUUAAGGGAUGUAGGUAUUGUACAUCGGAGCUACGUACAUGAGGCUUUACUUUUUCCACUUCAAUGUAAAAAGUGUGUUACAUCAACAGAUUUCUGUAUCCCUGUAUCUCUGUAUUGUACAUACUUUGGGACAUGGAUGUCCCGGGCAUCGACAGGGUAGGCCUCGGUACUUGCUUUGCUUUACAUCUUAUCUCCUUUUCUUGCUUUUCUCUACUUUUUUUCUUUUUUUUUCUUCCUAAGUCACGGUAAACU